UCCAAGUAAUACAAGUAUUUCAUUGUUUAGAGGCGACAUAGGCUGCUCCUUCUUAUCUUCUACAAUGUCAGACUUGUAAGAAUAUGCCACAGGUCAUGUACUACUGAGCCUGUACCACUCAUCCAAAGCUAGCCUUUCAUGACUGACAGAGAUGGAAUAAGUGGUCUACGCGCAUUGUUAUUGCCAGAAGCCUUUGCACAAAUAGUGCAGCUCUUAUAUAAGCUUUUUUUUUCUUCUCGGCUACAGUUUGUGUUGAACCACAACGAUGACUAUUUGUCAAAUACACUUGCCUUUCCUUUUUAUACCUAUCUCUCUGCCCUUCUGGUAUUUCUUCUGGCCACUUUCUGCCCAAACAGUGCUUUUACGCCUCCACGCUAGUUUGGUUCUGGUGAUGUGCCUAUAGAUAUGUACUCUGUUCGCCUAAUCAACGAAUGGAUGGCGAGUAAUGACCGGGUAUUCAGGGUGAUAUUCAAUGACUC